AUGUACAGAAUAGAUGUUUCAGAUUUUUAUGACUUCCAAGCCUUCAGAAAUAUGUGUCCAUUUCGAGACUAUAACAAAGCAGUCGAGAAUUUGAAACGUUUAGUCAUUUAUGUUGACUCUGCCCCAGAAUGUUAUGUCAUGAAAGAAUGGGAUGUAGUCUUUAACAAACCUAAAGCGACAAUAGUUUCAGAACAAGAAUGUAAACAGAAACUUAAGAAAAUAAAAGUCGUACAAGUUGGCAUGAAGAUGUUAGAUGCUUGGGAUAUCUUAUUGUCAAAACUUGAAGAUUUUUCAGUUCGUGGUAUAAAGUUCUAUACACCAUCUCCAAACUUCUAUUCUAUCUUCACUGGAUAUAAAUACGAACAAGUAGAAUGGAAAGAAAAUGUUAUAGAAGCUUGGUUAGACCAUGUCAAAGAAAUUAUAUGCAAUGGAAACGAAAGAGUCUAUGAGUAUAUCUUAUGUUGGUUUGCAAACAUCUUACAACAUCCAAGUGCUAAAAAUGAAACUGCUCUCAUCAUAAUUGGAAAACAAGGAACAG